UAGUACAGAGAGAAUCCUCUCUUUCAUCAUCAAAAACUGACCAGCACCAUUAUUUACUGUUUUAUAGCUCAGACUGUAGUUAAGAGUAAAGACAGUGAUUCCCGUGAACUUUAUAGCCUGCGUUGGCAUCAUCAUCAUCACCACCACCACCUCCUCUUUAACUUUCCCCCCUCAAUUCAUCAAUCUUUUGGUCUCUCUCUUUCUCUGCAUUGAAAUUAAAAACCUCUGUACUUCCCGACCUUACCCACCUUCUCAAUCUCUCUACACAAGGAAGAGCUGACCUUACUGGGUCUUGUCAAUUGUCAAUCACGAGCUAGGAACAAUCCAUAAUUGAUAUUUCCGGCUAAUAUAAAGCACAAUUUUAGAAGAAGGGGGGAGUGAUAAUGCCUUCGUUUUUAAGACAACUGAGUGGUAGAGAAGUUUGGAGAUCAACAUCGAGGAGGUGGGGUGGGAAGAACAAUUACAGUAACGGCGGUUUUAGAGGGGAGAGAAGAUUGAGCCAAAUGGAGGGGCUUGGUGGUGACAACAACAAUGGUGGCUUGGUAAUGAAGAAGAGAGUGAUGGUUGUUGUGGAUGAAGCAUCGCAUUCUAAGCACGCUAUGAUGUGGGCAUUGACUCAUGUGGCUAAUAAGGCUGAUUUGCUUACUCUUCUGCAUGUUAUUCAUCCUGCACAUAAUGCCUCCCAUGAGACUAGUACUUCUUCGACGCCUAACCUUGCUCACUCGCUUGGCUCGCUUUGCAAGGCUUGUAGACCUGAGGUGGAAGUAGAAGUUUUGGUCAUCCAAGGACCAAAGCUGGCGACCGUGAUGAGCCAAGUGAAGAAACUGGAGGUGUCUGUACUGGUUCUGGGUCAGAAGAAAUCCUCUGCCCUCAUCAACUGCCUCUGUGGGACCAAUAGGUCGGAGGAAUUUGUACAACAGUGCAUCAAUGGUGCUGAUUGCUUGACAAUAGGAGUAAAGAAGCAGAGCAAAGGCAUGGGUGGUUACCUUAUCAGCACCAGGUGGCAGAAGGAUUUCUGGCUGUUGGCUUAGAUGGGUUCAAAGCAAAAAGGCUUUGGAAGCAUAAGAUAGUAUUUGGGAAAA